CUGAUUGAAGCACUUCCAUUACUGCGUCCAUCUACUGAUAAGAUUCCAUGAUGGCGGCUCGUCGCGAUAUGCUAAUAUGUUUUGAGGGGCAAAUUUCAAUCUGACGCCCCGCCGGCGCGAUGCUUGAGGGCAAAUCUCGACAGACGGGGGAGGGAAGGGAGCCCCGCCAAUCUGACGAGCUGCACUGCCUCCGCGUAGGAAUCUGCCUUGAACAGCUGAUGGCACCAUCAGACGAAUCAGCGAAGGGCGUAUUCAGAACAAUUACCUGAAACGUAUACGACGUUCGCACGUCCCCAGUUAUGGCCAAGCGCGUAUAUGUCGCUGUGCCUCGCAAAUCGAGGCGCCAUCAACGCGAGCAUAAAUACCAAGUGGAAGAAUCUCACCUGGAAAAAUAACUAAGAAAGUGAGGAAAAAAAAAAAAGGCAGCACGGAGCACCAGUCACUAGGUAUACAGUCUCUUUUUACAUCGACGAUCCGUGAAAUUUCCCAAGAAGAAAGACAUCGCAGGCUGUUAACAACACGAUGGCUGUGCUUGAGCGGAACGAGCAGCUGGAGGGAACCUAUUUCGACGAGCCGCCAGCUUAUGAUCUCAACAACGUCAGCGUCACCGAUCGCAAAGAGCUUCUUGCAGAGGUCAGGUCGACAAGUUCCUCCGGAACGGAUUGCAUAACUCUUGCGACUCCGCACUUCACGCCCAGCAAAACACUUCUGGUCAACGCACGAGGUAUCCGGUUGAUAAGUCUGCCGCUGCCCUCCCGAGAGCUGGAGAUCCCCAUCACCACCACGGACGGCCAACUUGUGUACACGUCAAGGCGAGCCAGGAUCUGCUCCGGAAACGCGGUGCUGCACGACGCGAACGACCAGGAGCUGCUGGCGUCCGAGUACCUGUUUGGGCCCGGCCGGGACCCGAAGAUCCACAUUCUGGGCGGGCCGGCCGACAAGCAGGCUACGAUCGUGACCAAGAGCAAGUGGACGAGCAGGCAGCAGGAGUUUGUGCUUCCCGACGGGCUGACGUUCACAUGGCUGUACAAGCGGGAGCGCGACGCCUACGAUUCGGCCGUGAAGGGAAAGGAGAAGAAACGCACGCACCUGAUCCUGGUGGUGAGAGAGGCACCGCCUGUUUCCGACGAGAGCGCGGGGAAGGCGGGGGACAAAGAGGAGGAGGAGGGAGGAGGGAAGCAGCAGCAGCAGCAGAAAAAAGAGAAGUCGGGCAAGGAGUUCGGGAGGAGGGUGGCCGAGCUGGUGAGGAACGACGAGGCGCGAACGCCGGGCUCAAGCUCGACGCGGGCCGGGAACGGAGGCGAGCUGAAGAUCGACUCCGAGUACUGCGACGGCAUCGGCCUGAGGGAGGACGUGAUCGUCGCCAGCUGCUUGAUGAUGCUCAAGAAGGAGAUCGACCGCCGUCGGGCGGUCCAGUUCGCCAUGAUGGCUGGCGCCUCCAGCGGAGGCUCGUGACCUGUGUGAACGAGCCUGAAGAGCGCCGAGGCAGCGGCGUUUAGUGCACGCGCUGUACAAUUGUGUUUAUCCCUCGCCUUUGGCUCAGUUACGCCGCCGAAACUCGUGCCAAAGGUUCUCGCGGUCUAGACUAUAGAAGCUGUUUUCCGAUCAACGUCUCUGUAGCCCCUCUGACGCCAUUGGGAAGAAAAAAAAAAUUGCUAGACUAUAUAUUUUUGUUUUAUUCGUUAA